AGAAGGAAAAGGCGUGUGGUUCACUUUCUUCUCCACAUUUCCGUGCGUCUUGCCUCCGGCGAGGGAGAGCAAAAGAACACGCGCUACAAGAGAGAGGGAGAAGAAAAGAACACGCGGUACAAGAAAACAAGUAGAACAAAAGCGGAGCAAGAAAGUCAGGAGCAAAGAAGAAUUGAGGAGGAAGAGGAAGAAGAUGGCGUCUCCUUACGGGAACGUCGAUAGGAACAAGGAAGGGGAGCGGGAGCGGCUAUACAACCCGUACCAGGAUUUGCAGGUGCCAAUCCACACACUCUACCGCCUGCCCACUUCCCCAGAGUUCCUCUUCCAGGAGGAAUCCGUGGCCCAGCGCCGCUCUUGGGGGGAGAACCUCACUUACUACACCGGAUGCGGUUACCUCUCUGGCGCCAUCUCCGGCGCCGGCAAGGGCCUGUUCGACGGGAUCAAGGCCCGGGAGGAAGGAGACACCCUCAAGCUGAGGGUCAACAGGAUUCUCAAUGCCUCCGGACACACAGGCAGAAAGUUCGGCAAUCGCCUUGGCGUGAUUGGUCUACUUUACGCUGGGAUUGAGAGCAGCAUCGUUGCCGUUAGGGACACGGACGAUGUGUUCAACAGCGUGUUGGCUGGUCUGGGAACGGGAGCGCUAUUCAAGGCGGCUUCGGGCCCGAGGUCUGCGGCUGUUGCCGGAGCGAUCGGUGGGUUGGCUGUCGGAGUCGCGGUUGCUGGAAAGCAGGCGUUGAAGAGAUACGUUCCCCUCUAGUGGCACGAAUCUUCUCUUAUCUCCUGUCAAAUUCUUCUGGAAGAGGAAAAGAAGGAUAUGGGUCUUUACCUUAAAUUUAUGUUCUGUUCUCUUAUGCGGAUCCUGUUCCUAUUGGUAGUUGGUUCUGCUGUAGAUACUGACCUAUAACUGUCUAUCAAUAAUUCUUUCUCUGUGAUGGGCAACCAUAAAAGAGUCUCAAGUGUCCCUUUAAUAAAUUGAGGAACUUUUGAGGACACGGGAAGAGUUUAUUUCCCUGAAUUUUUACUUUGCCAAAUUGUUUCAGAGGUGUAUCUGAAAAUUUUGAAAGGCUUGUGCUUUUGGCACGUAUAGUAACACUGUGAAGACCAAAUUUGAUACUUCAACACUGUAAUACAUGGAAACUGACAGAGCAUCUCUCGUUUCUUUGAAUCUGAUGUCUGAGACUCUGGGACACUUCUUAUGGAAACUGAGUUGUGUUUUGUUUG